AUUGUCGUUCCAUUAACAGCAGAAGGGCUCUAGUGAGCUUGUGUCGUGUUUCUGCUAAUGUAAUCAGUCAAGGACUUGACCAUCUUUUAGAUGGCUAACAUGGAGAACUCAUACAUUUAUUGAUGUCUUCAAUUAUAAUUUUGGGUAUAGCUUCACUUAUGUUGCGCGUCGUUACUUCAAUUUCUAUCAGGAUAUCCCGAUGUUUUCGGUGGGUUAUAGCCUAUAGCCAGCAAAGAAGCCUAUCAGGUGUAAACGAUGCCGAGAAAUUCUGGGUUGCUCUCCUCGUCUCGUAUCCAUCCGAGGUCUUCGGAAAUUCAACAAGCGUUGUGAUGCCCCACACUAGAUCAAAAAAGGGGUUCGUUCUCCUUCAUAUGAUGAUGUCAUUGCUGUUAAUACAUAAUACCGUACUUAUUGACAAUUUGAGGCAUUUUGGCAUCCUGGCAUCCUAAUGGAAUUUCUGGUUCCAGGUCCCCCGGUAUUUCGGUGAUCUAGCUCUCGACAGAAGCUGGCAAAUUACAAGCAAUAGGACAAGAUCGUCGACCCCGCCCUUUUACUCCGCACAUGCAAAUCAAGCGAUUUGGGAUUUGGGAAUAUCUCCCCUAAAAUAUUUUGAAAUACAAUACGAAGAAGGGAUAGGGGAAGACGCUCUUUUCUAUGUUUAUUAUGCCGCAUGUUCAAGGACGAGCAGGUCAUGAUGCCGCCGCUAUCAGAAGAGGUCAACAUUACGCCAAAUUGGUCUAAUUGGUCCGCUACUACAUCUUCAGACGAGAAGCAGCAACCGAACUGUGACAGCGCAGAUGUUUCGACGAGGAGUUCCCAAAGCGAGACACGGCAGGAUAAACACAGCCAUCCCUUAGCCCUAUACGAUGAAAUCCCAGACUGGUACCAGGACAACCCAUAUGUCCGACGAGGCUACCGACCCGUCUCUCACUCGGCGAGAGUCUGCUUCGGAAGUUGGCUAUACCUACACAAUGAGACAGUGAACAUCUUUACGCACCUAGUGCCAGCAAUAGCUCUCCUCAUAAGUGGCCUAGCUUAUCUAGUCUCGCGCCUACAGCACCGCAGUAGCGACGAUGCCGGUGUCGUCGCAGUACUAUUACUUUCCGCAACGGCAUGCCUCGGUCUCUCUAGCGCUUACCAUACGCUAAUGUGCCAUUCUCGAGAAGUAGAAGCUCUGUGGUUGCGUCUUGACUUUGUCGGCAUCAUUUUGCUAAUACUAGGGUCUCUCAUCUCGGGCGUCUACGUUGGUUUCUGGUGCGAGACGUUGGAAAGAAAGAUUUAUUGGUCUAUGAUAGGGUCUCUUGCCUCAAUAUCCAUAAUUAUCGUGUUAGCACCCACGUUUCAGGGCCCAAAGUGGCGCACCUUACGCCUGCUCACAUUCGUAUGCACGGGGCUAUCUGGAUUGGCCCCUAUUAUCCACGGGAUCGUCAUGUUCGGCUUCACACAGAUGAUGAAGCAAUCUGGCCUACCUUACUACCUAGCUGAAGGGGGAUUGUUUCUCAUCGGAGCCAUUAUAUAUGCCACGAGGUUCCCUGAGAGUAUCAGCCCGGGAUUAUUCGAUAUAUAUGGAUCAUCACACCAGAUAUUUCACGUCCUGGUCGUCCUGGCCACUGGAGUUCAUUUAGCCGGUGUCCUUAACGCCCUUGACUACAAUUACUAUAACCGGCAAUGCUUUGGGUAGACCUUAUAGUUUGCCAUCCUCCAGUAGGUGGCAGGUGUCAUGUUGGUAUAGCGCUAGCUAACAUGCGCUGUUUUCCUUGUCCUUGAGAUCCGCUCUAGCGUCUGAAACAUCACCAUACAGAAUAAACUCGAGUAUAACAUAUAAAAGUUAAACAGUACAAUAAAUGAUUCUCGGUCUAUUACCAUGAACUUCGUCGUUCUAGACUAACUAUUUAUUGCGAAAUGGGAC